CAAAAUUCAGGGAGAGUUAGUUGGUGUGGAUUACCCUUUUUCUUCGGUGUGUGUCGAGAAAGAGCAGAGUAGAUAAUAGAAGAAAGAAAGAAAAGGAAAGUGUUUUGAGUUUGAGGUCACUCAUCAUCCUUCACUCACUCCCACCACCGAUCACUCAUCAUUAAGCCCUUUUCCCCUUUCAAUUAUCCCAACCUUUCUCCUUUCUCUAUCCUCUAUUCUACAUCAUCACCACCCCAAACCAGAAAACGCGUCAACUCACCACAAAACCCUAUCACCACACACUUCGCUUUCUUCGAUCUGUAGAUCUAUCGUUCUUGCAUCACAUAACCGUUCCUCUCUUCGCUCUGUAACCUAGGGGUUCCUGUGAAAUUCAGCGGUUGAAUUUCUCGGAUUUUGAUGUUUGGGUUUGAAAUUCAGUGGUAGCCAUAGCAUAGAUAUAUUAUUAUUGUUGUUGUUAUUUGUUAUUUUUAAUAUUAUUUAUAUAACAUAGGUGAGGCAGGGUUUGUGGGGGGUGGGAUUGGAGCAUCCGUUUGUGGAUGUGAAGGAAUUGGAGGUUGUUUUGGGGUGAAAUGAGGGAUGCUAUCAAGGUUGAUGGACUUUCUGACUGCCUGCUGGCGGCGAAGAUCCUCCGACGGCAAGGGUUCCGAGGUUACGGGGCGGAAGGACGGGCUGCUGUGGUACAAGGAUGCCGGGCAGCACUUGUUUGGUGAAUACUCAAUGGCUGUUGUUCAGGCCAACAACUUGCUUGAGGAUCAGAGCCAGAUUGAGUCUGGUCCUCUUAGCUUGCUUGAGACUGGCCCUUAUGGUACCUUUGUUGGUGUGUAUGAUGGCCACGGUGGACCUGAGACAUCGCGCUUCGUUUGUGAUCAUCUUUUCCAACAUCUUAAACGAUUUGCGUCCGAGCAGAAGUCCAUGUCAGUGGAGGUUAUUCGGAAGGCAUACCAAGCCACCGAAGAAGGUUUUUUGUCAGUGGUUACCAAACAGUGGCCUAUGAAUCCCCAAAUUGCUGCGGUGGGAUCUUGUUGUUUGGUUGGUGUGAUUUGUGGUGGUAUCCUCUACAUUGCUAACCUUGGUGAUUCCCGUGCUGUGCUUGGGCGGGUUGUCAGAGCGACUGGGGAAGUUUUGGCCAUCCAGCUUUCGUCUGAGCAUAAUGUGGGCAUAGAAUCUGUGAGACAGGAGAUGCAUUCUUUGCAUCCUGAUGACUCAAAAAUUGUGGUUCUAAAGCACAACGUAUGGCGGGUGAAGGGUCUCAUACAGAUUUCUAGAUCCAUUGGCGAUGUAUACCUAAAAAAGGCUGAAUUCAACAAGGAACCACUGUAUGCCAAGUUUCGUGUACGGGAUGGUUUUAAGAGGCCAAUUUUGAGCUCCGACCCAUCAAUUUCUGUUCAUGAACUUCAAUCGCAUGAUCAAUUUCUCAUAUUUGCUUCUGAUGGUCUUUGGGAACACCUUAGCAAUCAAGAUGCCGUUGAUAUAGUUCAAAACAACCCACACAAUGGAAUUGCUCGAAGGCUCAUCAAAGUUGCUUUGCAGGAAGCAGCUAAAAAGAGAGAAAUGAGGUACUCUGAUUUGAAAAAAAUUGAUCGUGGUGUCCGCAGGCAUUUCCACGAUGACAUCACAGUUGUAGUUGUAUUUCUUGACUCCAAUCUUGUCAGCAGAGCCAGCUCAGUAAGAGGUCCUCCUUUAUCGGUGAGAGGAGGUGGUGUUCCCCUUCCUUCUAGAACUUUGGCUCCCUGUGCUGCACCGAUGGAAACUUAGUUCAGGUUGAUGAAGCUGGCUGUAUGAUCUGUUAUGCUUGUAUGUAGUGUUGUAUCCUUAGCAGACAUUGAGCUCUGGUAACCACCAGAUUGUAUAUCCAAUUUAACAGAGAUUGAAAAAACUUUCGCUCAUUUAGUACAAUGUAACAAGUGACUUGGGGUAUGUAGCUUGCGUGAGUAAAGCAUCAUGGAAGUAGAGUACCAAAGCCAAAGGUAACCUUCAAUAUUUGAUCAUUAAGAGGCAAUCAUGUUGCAUCUCAUAUUUUUCUCAUCCAAUGGGGAGUGAUUUCUGUAAGUUGUUCGUGCACUCCUUUGAAUGCAUAGUUAGUUUAUCGCACUCAAUGGGAAAACUAAAUAAGUAUCCAAAGUUCAUAUUGCUUGUUAUCCUUAUUUCUUUUGGGUUAUGUCUGAUACAAAAAGGAUGGUGAAUAUGGAUUUUGGAUCUAGUUCUAGGUACGGAAGUGAUGACUAUGCUAUCUUUGCAAUUUUAUAUUCAAGUAUCAAAUGUUUCUGUAA